AUGUGCGGCAUCCACGCCACCAUCUCUGCCUCCGACGAUAGCCUCAUCCCCCCAGCCUUGUAUGAGCGUCUCCGGCGGCGAGGCCCUGAUCACGCUGGCUCCGUGACGCAGCGGCUGGACUUUGGCCACGGCCCUCUCUUCCUGAGCCUCACCUCGACGGUCCUGUCCCUGCGCGGCGACGCCAUUGCCAAGCAGCCCCUCGUCGAUGCCGCUAACGGCUCCGCUCUCUGCUGGAAUGGCGAGGCCUGGAGGAUCCGGGGCCAACCGGUCCAGGGAAACGACGCCCAGGCCGUCUUAUCCCAGCUGAGUGCCGCUGACCGGGGCCACGUUGACGGCGUCCUCGACGUGCUUCGUGCCAUUGAGGGUCCCUUUGCCUUCAUAUAUCUCGACUAUCCCGCAAGGCGUCUCUACUACGGGCGGGAUCGCCUGGGACGUCGGUCUCUGCUAAUCAAGCCCGGGGACCCAUUUUCGCUCUCAAGUGUUGCCGGGUCGCCAGCGGCUGGCUGGGUCGAAGUCGAAGCUGACGGGUGCUAUUUUCUCCAACUCGAUGCGCGUACCGACGUGUCGGCUGAACUAGUCCCUGCUAGAUGUGCUUGGGCCCAAGAUCCCGCCCUUGUGUCCAGUCUCGGCGUGUUCAACGCUGCCACUCCCACUACCAACGUCAAGUUGACUCGAAAGUCGCAUUCGGUGGCUCAGCUACGGCACAAGCUCGAAGCGUCCCUACAGCCUCGAGUGCUCCACGUGCCCGUGCCGCCUCAGGCAUCGCCCUGUGAUGCCAGGAUUGCAAUUCUGUUCUCCGGAGGCCUCGACUGCACCGUACUGGCCCGGCUCACCAGUGAUAUUCUUCCUAUUGACCAAGUGAUUGACCUCAUUAGUGUGGCGUUCGAGAACCCCAGGAUAGCCGCGCGACAUCCAAGUGCCUCACAAGCCGACCUGUGCGAGCUUUGUCCCGACCGAGUCACGGGCCGACAAUCCUUUGAGGAGCUGCUGCAAGUUUGUCCCCAAAGGACAUGGCGUCUCGUUUGCGUGAACGUCCCCUUUUCUCUCGUAUCUAGUCACAGAAGUGAAGUCAUUGAUUUGAUGUCUCCUCACAACACUGAAAUGGACCUCUCCAUUGCCUACGCUCUGUACUUCGCUGCCAGGGGGCAGGGGUUCUGCCAGGAGAGCCCCGGCUCAGAAGGUCGCCCGUACUCGACGACAGCCCGCGUGUUGCUCUCUGGACUUGGCGCAGACGAGCUCUUCGGAGGGUACGUCCGCCAUGCCACGGCCUUUUCCAGACAGGGCUACGCAGGCCUCGUGGAAGAGCUCAAACUGGACAUGGGCCGCGUGGGCAAGAGGAACCUGGGCCGAGACGACAGAGUCAUGGCCCACUGGGAACGAGAGGUGAGAUUUCCCUACCUUGACGAAGGCCUGGCCAGGUGGGCCAUCGAGUCUCCCGUGUGGGAGAAGUGUGACUUUGAGAACCAAGGUCCCGACGAGCGCGUCGAGCCUGGCAAGAGGGUCUUGCGGCUGCUGGCGGAAGAAUUGGGCAUGGGAACCGUCGCAGGGGAGAAGAAGCGAGCAAUUCAGUUUGGGGCCAGGACGGCCAAGAUGGAGAGUGGCAAAGUCAAGGGAACAACACUCAUCUCAUGGUGA